CCUUCACCAGUGUUAUUACUACCGAUAACUGUGAUACACUGUAUUAACAUAAUACGAUAUUACAUUAUCAAUCGGAGUCCAUUAUUGUCGUCAGUCGAACAUACGGAACUAUGAACCGAUCGUCGUCAAGUCUCGUCAUGAAAGUAUUCGUAAUCGCUGUAUGCGUGUGCGCCGCCCUCGCCCAUCCGGAAAAUGCUAAAGCGGAAAACAAACCGGCUGUGAUCAAAUCUGAGACUUUGGCUGCACCACUUCCGACGACCAUUGUAAAACGAGCUACUGAUAUGACUCAGCAAGAUACAUCGCUCCCGAACGUCAGCGAAGACGUACUGGAUAAAGCGCUUAACGACAGGAGAUUCGUGCAAAGGCAACUCAAAUGUGCUACAGGUGAAGGACCGUGCGACCCCAUUGGCCGAAAAAUUAAAGCUCAUGCACCGCUGGUGUUGAGAGGAAUGUGUGUCAAGUGUUCGCAGACGGAAAUCAAACAGAUUCAACGUGUCAUGUCACAUAUACAGAAGAAUUAUCCCAAGGAGUACACUAAGAUGCUGAAACAGUACCAAAGCGGAUUCUAAUCACGCCGUGGCGUCCGUGCACAAUACUCCUGUUCGUGAUCAUCGUCUUUGGCAUAAUUUAUAUGAAAAUCAAAAAUAAUAUAUUAUAUAAAAGUACAACACAAUUGAAUAAUUAAAUCUUACAAGUGUCACUCAUCUAGAUUUACUACGAGCCUAUUAUACGUAGCUGUUCUAAUUAUUAUUUUUUUAGCAUUAAUUUAGUUUUAUUGUUUUAUUUUAUUUUUAUUAUUAUUAUUAUUAUUUUCUGUAAAUAAACGACUGAUCGUAAUUUUAAUCUUACGAA